GAGCGCGGCUGUGGUUGCCGGGGCGGCGAAUGGCGGCGGCUCCUCGAUGGCGGCAGGGCUGAGCGCGGACCCUGCACCGGCGGCCGGGACGCGGGGACUCCCCCUCCCUGCGGCGGGGGGAGGCCCAGUCCUCGGGAAAAAGGGAGGGAGAGAGAGAGAGAGAGAGGCUCGUAUUGAAGCCAACCAGCUGCGCUUCUGAGUGGGAAACUCCGGACUGAUCUCAUGGCUUGCUUUUUAUUUCAUUAAUACUUCAUUGUCUCUGAAAAUGAACCAUUUGUGAAGCUCUUCUUCUAACUCUGCUUAUUCCUCUUUCAUGAGGUGGCUGCUGCUGUGCAAGGGAAGGAAUGGCAUGAAGUAAAUGGCUCCAGUAUAAGCAAUCUGCUUUGCCCAAGUGCCCAGUGAGCAGCACUGUCACUUUAAUAAUUCCAGGUCAAGGGAUUGCUUUCCUCGUUUUCAAUCCUCUUUUAAUACAUGGGAGGAUCAGAGGGACAUUAAAGCCGUAAGGCUGGGUGGCUUGCAGAUAAUAAAAAUGAAAGUGACUGCCCAGUGACUUCUCUUGGGUAAGAGGGUGAUAGUUGAAGGCUGUUGUCUGGUGAGGAAAAAGGGACCUUUUCAGUCUGCUGUGUAGUCAUCUAAUACAUAGCUAGCAAAAUUAUUUCAAGAAGUUAAAGAGACACUUUGGAUUGUUUUUGUCUUCCUCCUUAUUUGGAUUAUUUGGGCGUUUUUGUCCUGCAAAUGAUAUGUUUUUGAGCAUGUACAGGUGGAGUAUUGAGACAGCUGCCUAGAGAUGGACUGUGCCUUAAUUGUAUUGCAUAAAAUCUUUUAAUUUUCAAACUUUGCUGCCAGAAGAGGAGUUAUAAUAAGGUUUUAUAUUGCCGAGGAACGUUUGCUCUUGUAUUUUUAUAGAUUCAGUUAUAUUUUAAAGAAAUUGAAAACAUCUCUUAAAAAAGAAUCAAAAAGCUUCUUUUCCCCUCCUUUUUUUUUUUCUUAUUUGUGGGAAGCAUCAGAAGUCCAAUACAAGGGAACAGCAAGUAUUCAUAGAAAUGAAGAUUGAAGCUGCAUUUCCUUACUGAACUGUAAAAGUGUUCUGCAGUAGAUAGCCAAUUCUUGACCUCGCAGAGUGCUCCAGUAGUACUUCGUUAGUACCUGUAAAUAAGUGCUUGCAACCAGAUUCAGAAGUAGGAAGAAGAAUGCCAGUCAAGAAGAAAGAUACUGACCGAGCUUUAGUGCUGCUGGAAGAGUAUUGUAAGAAACUACGGAAGCCAGAAGAGCAACAACUGAAGAAAGCUAUAAGAAAGGUGAUGGGCAUCUUUAAAAGCAGCUUAUUUCAGGCACUUCUAGAUAUUCAAGAGUUUUAUGAAGUGACACUGCUAAAUUCCCAGAAAAGCUAUGAGCAAAAAAUAGAAGAAGCAAAUCAAGUUGCAGAGAAAUGGGAGAAGACAACAUCUGCUCCAGACCAUGAAAAUCUGCAGAAAAAACAAGAGCCUGCAGCUUCCAAUGGAUCGGAAGUAUCUGGACAAUGUGGUGAACACAACAAGGAGAACCCAACUUUUGAAAAUUAUGUGAUAGACAUAAAGACAAAGCAGAGCCAUGGCAGAUGCCCAUCUCACAAAUGCUCAGUCGAAACACCUGCCUGGAUACCCAUUCAGCACUCUACCAAAGGCCAAGAGGAAGAAAAUCCCACAGGUAGAGGCCUUCAGCUGGGACCUUUUCCUGAAAUGGAAUGGACUAAUACACAGAAAUAUCGUUAUCAAGAUGAGGAUGCUCCACAUGAUCAUACUUUGCCUCGUUUAACCCAUGAAGUGAGAGGCCCAGAGCUUGUUCACGUGUCAGAGAAGAACUUGUCUCAAAUAGAGAAUGUCCAUGGAUAUGUGUUACAGUCGCACAUUUCUCCUUUGAAGGCAAGCCCUGCCCCUAUAAUUGUCAACACAGACACCUUGGACACAAUCCCUUAUGUCAAUGGAACAGAAAUUGAAUAUGAAUUUGAAGAAAUUACUUUGGAGAGGGGGAAUUCCGGCCUGGGGUUCAGUAUUGCUGGAGGAACAGAUAACCCACACAUUGGGGAUGAUCCUGGGAUAUUCAUUACUAAGAUUAUACCAGGAGGAGCUGCAGCAGAGGAUGGAAGACUCAGGGUCAACGAUUGCAUCUUGCGAGUGAACGAGGUCGACGUGUCUGAAGUCUCACACAGCAAAGCCGUGGAGGCCCUAAAAGAGGCUGGCUCCAUAGUACGAUUGUAUGUUCGUCGAAGAAGACCUAUACUGGAGACCGUGGUAGAGAUCAAGUUGUUCAAAGGACCAAAAGGUCUGGGAUUCAGUAUUGCAGGAGGGGUGGGAAACCAACACAUCCCUGGGGACAACAGCAUUUAUGUCACCAAGAUUAUUGAUGGGGGAGCUGCACAAAAAGAUGGGAGGUUACAGGUUGGAGAUAGACUUCUUAUGGUAAAUAAUUACAGUUUAGAAGAAGUUACCCAUGAAGAGGCAGUAGCGAUACUGAAGAAUACAUCAGAUGUAGUCUAUCUGAAAGUUGGAAAGCCCACCACUAUCUACAUGACCGAUCCCUAUGGCCCACCAGAUAUUACUCACUCUUAUUCUCCACCAAUGGAAAAUCAUAUACUCUCUGGAAACAAUGGCACUUUAGAGUACAAGGCAUCCCUGGCCCCUAUCUCACCAGGAAGAUACUCACCCAUUCCAAAGCACAUGCUUGUGGAGGAUGACUACACCAGGCCUCCUGAACCUGUUUACAGCACUGUGAACAAACUGUGUGAUAAACCACCUUCUCCUAGGCACUAUUCCCCUGUCGAGUGUGACAAAAGCUUCCUUCUUACAGCUCCCUAUCCCCACUACCACGUAGGCCUGCUCCCUGACUCUGAGAUCACCAGUCAUUCCCAGCACAGCACUGCAACGCGUCCACCCACAGUGAGCUUGCAGCGGACCAUUUCUGUGGAAGGAGAGCCUCGAAAAAUCAUCCUGCACAAGGGCUCCACAGGACUUGGUUUCAACAUUGUGGGAGGUGAAGACGGGGAAGGCAUUUUCGUGUCUUUCAUCCUAGCAGGUGGGCCUGCAGAUCUCAGUGGAGAACUGCAGCGAGGAGAUCAAAUUUUAUCUGUGAACGGUAUUGAUCUUCGAGGUGCUACCCACGAGCAGGCUGCAGCUGCGCUCAAAGGAGCCGGGCAGACGGUAACAAUCAUAGCACAAUACCAGCCAGAGGAGUACGCUCGAUUUGAGGCAAAAAUCCAUGACCUGCGUGAGCAGAUGAUGAAUCACAGCAUGAGUUCUGGGUCUGGAUCCCUGAGGACUAAUCAGAAGAGGUCACUGUAUGUCAGAGCCAUGUUUGACUAUGACAAGAGCAAAGACAGUGGCCUCCCAAGCCAAGGACUCAGUUUUAAGUAUGGGGACAUCCUUCAUGUCAUCAACGCCUCAGACGAUGAAUGGUGGCAGGCGAGGAGGGUCACUCUGGAGGGAGACAGUGAGGAAAUGGGAGUUAUACCCAGCAAGAGGAGAGUUGAAAGAAAGGAGCGUGCACGUUUGAAGACGGUGAAAUUCAAUGCAAAACCUGGUGUAAUUGACGCAAAAGGGUCAUUCAAUGACAAGCGUAAAAAGAACUUCAUCUUUUCACGAAAAUUCCCAUUCUACAAGAGCAAGGAGCAGAGUGAGCAGGAAACAAGUGAUCCAGAACAACAUGUUUCUUCUAAUGCCAGCGAUAGUGAAAGUAGCUACAGAGGCCAAGAAGACUGCAUCCUUUCUUAUGAACCAGUCACAAGACAGGAAAUUAAUUACACCAGGCCGGUUAUUAUUCUGGGUCCUAUGAAAGAUCGGAUCAACGAUGAUUUGAUAUCUGAAUUCCCUGAUAAGUUUGGAUCAUGUGUACCACAUACCACACGGCCAAAGCGUGACUAUGAAGUGGAUGGGAGAGAUUAUCAUUUUGUCAUUUCAAGAGAACAAAUGGAAAAAGAUAUCCAAGAGCACAAAUUUAUAGAAGCUGGGCAGUACAAUGAUAAUUUAUAUGGAACUAGUGUCCAGUCUGUGAGAUUUGUGGCAGAAAGGGGCAAGCACUGUAUACUUGAUGUGUCAGGAAAUGCUAUCAAACGACUACAAGUUGCACAACUCUAUCCCAUCGCUAUCUUCAUUAAGCCUAAAUCAUGGGAGCCUCUGAUGGAAAUGAAUAAACGUCUUACAGAGGAGCAAGCGAAGAAAACCUAUGAUCGAGCAAUUAAAUUAGAACAAGAAUUUGGAGAAUAUUUCACAGCUAUUGUCCAAGGAGAUAGCUUAGAAGAUAUAUAUAAUCAAUGCAAACUUGUAAUUGAAGAACAAUCUGGGCCUUUCAUCUGGAUUCCUUCAAAGGAAAAAUUAUAAAUUAGCCACUGCACCUCUGAUUACGACGGGAGAAUAUUUAGAAGAAAACUAUAAUAUACUAUUUGGAGGCUUUCCUGUUUUUGUUGCAUUUAUGUUCUUUGCAGUCAAUGUGAAUUUUGAUGAAUGUACAACACAAAGUGUUUGAAGCCAUGAAGGACACUGAUGGGUCAAAGGGUAGGAACAAAAAGACUUCUACCAUAUAAAGCAAAUCUGUUGUGUGCUCAGAGCACCAGUUGUAGGUAUAAACUUUUGACACAGAGACCCUCUGUCAAGGGGAGCUAGCCACCUCCUGUGCCCAUGCGGACAUUUUGAUCGAUUUUGAUGGCUGAGCUCAGUGUUUUGAUUGCUUUAAAGAGAAGUUCCCAGCUCUUGAACCUCAUAUAGGGCUUGAUCCUGCAAGGCGCUCAGCACUUAACCCCAAUUCCUACACAUGAGUAGCCUAUUGACUUGGAAGCACUUGCAAUCCUUCCCUCUCUGUUCAGUUCCAUCAAUUCCAGUAGGACUAUUCAUGUGCUCAAAGUUAAGCACAGGCUUAAGCAUUUUGCUAGAUCAGGGCCACACGCACCUUGCAAAAUCAAGCUCAGAGUACUUGGUCCACUUCUUACUGAGGUCACUGUUAGGACUCUCUGUGACUUGACUGGGAGGUGGGUCCUAUUCUAAGCUUGUCAUUGCAUAUUUGUAGUUGGUACACCUCGACUUUGGUAACUAUGCACAUCUUUUGAUUUCUGAAACCAAGUCAAGCAUUUCUUUUUUCCCCUUUGAAAACACUAUUACAUCAGGAACUAAUAACAAUAUGGUUUAUUUUAAUGGUGUUUGGGUGUGGGAGAGGAUGGAAGCAUUUCACAUCACACACACGUGCACACAAAUACAUUCCCAUGCGGACACACACGUAUGAGGAUUCACAGCACCUAUGUUGACAAGGAGGGAUACAACUGGGAAAAGCUUUAAAAUUUUUGAUUGUCUAUUUUAUCAUUUAUAUUGAUAGAAGGCACUUAAAGAUGGAAUAAUUUAUAAAAAUAAAAAUAUAUUGAUGUAUAGAAACUAAUUUCUAUAGGUAAAAAUGUUUUUGUGAAGAUAUUUUGUAAAGAUUAAUUAAUUGAAAGAUUAAAUAUUUACACCCUUGUACGACUGUAAAAUGUAAAGAGGACCAUCAAGUUGCAUUAUCCCUUUUCCGUAACAGAUUCUCUAUUAUUAAUUAUGAGCAAGAUAAUUCCUUAAAUUGUAGUACUUAUUUUGUUUUUCCUUCAAUUUAAUCCUCUUCCUUGCCUCUAUUUAAUCAUGAUGAACUCCUGUGGAAAGAUCUCUUUAACUGACUGCCCUGUAGGACUUUUCUGAACACAAAAGGAUAAUGCAUCUUUAAAUGGAAAUAGACAACUAUUCAGAAGCAAAAUAUCAAUGCUUAAAUUCGGUUAAUAAUGUCUCUCUUGGGAGGGAGGCACCCUUCGCCCCCAAAUGUUUUAUGAUUCUUCCUGUUUCUUUCAAGGAAAUAACAAAAGUAUUUGAUCUUUCCUCUAUUUGCAGGCAGGUCACCAACUAACCUAUAUCUUCAUUCAUUUCACAGUCAACAAGGGUCUUAAAAGCGAAAACUGAGGCAAUGGACGUUUGUGAGGGAUUUGGGGAAAGUCUGUGGAAUUGCAGUUUGGGGUGCAUGGAAAGGGAGAAGGAGAUAUUUCUUUCUUGUUUCGCACUGCCCUUCCUUUGUAUACUGAUGCCAUUCUUCACUCUGACUCACAAGGGGACAACUGCAAAAAUGCUAUGACAGUAAACUGAAUUGCCUUUGCUGCUGCUGGACCAUGUUCUCUGUAAAACCCACACUCCUGCCUGCUGCACUGCAGGAGUGCAAUGCCUAUAGCUGGUGGCUGUAACCCUAACGCUUAAGGAUGUUUUAAGGGCAAAUGCUAAAUAGACUCCUCUGUUACUUGUCUAUUUGAAGCUUACAUUUCUACACCCUGUCGAGCUGACAGGUAUACCCAGCCAACUUCCGCAGACAGCGUGAUGAGCUGGAUGUUUGCAAAAGCCACCAGCAGUGACAGGGUUAAAAAUAUGGGCAUUUUAGUGGCCCUGAGGGGGCCUCCUAAGCUUACUGCCCAACUAUGGUAACUUUGAGAAGUUCACACUUCUUUAACUACUAUUUUUCUUGCCUGGUCAGCGCAGAUUUCUAAACAAGGGUUUCAGUUAAGUCUCCAGAAGAGCUUUGUAAUCAGAAGGGCUAGAAACAUUUAUUUAUUUUUUUUUAAACAAAAUAUAAAUUAAUGAAUGCUUUGAUUUUGGAUAAUUCUGCAAAAAUCCACAGAGUGACCCCAGAUCUUUGGAAGCCAUGAAUUUUUCCAUGCUGGCAAAAUACUAUUGCCCCAGGUUGGGAAAUAGCCCACCAGACCUGAAAAACCAAGUAUCCUAAAGCAGGAACUUCAUUCUAAUUUUCAGCUCUGUUUUAAGCAAUCAAUCACAUUUGCUUCUUUGUUUCUUAGUUCAGCAUGCAGCCUUUUAUGGUACUAUCCUACUAGUAACUGUUUUGCUUUGUCAUGUGCUGUGCUUUAAGGUGAACAGUAACACUACGGCUGAGUACAAUCAAUUUUUCCAUCAGUCCUUGGUUACUGUAGUAACAUUAUUUAUUUUUCCCUGUCUGUUGUUCGUGCUUCCAAUUUAGAGUUGACAUUGCACUUUUUUUUUUUUUUUAAAUAAAACGUAUAUUUAAAAACAAAUCAUCACAAGAAGCAGUGAGAGGUCUUAUUUCCCUUAGGACUUGUACUCCCAUUUGUUCUGUGCGUUAAUGUUUUGCGUUUCAUGUUUCAGCAUCCGCAGAGCUGCAGUCCAUUUUUGCAUUGCAGCUGUUCAGAUCAUACUGGGUGGUAGUGGGAGGAGGAAGAGAAACAUAAGACUCAUGCAAAAUUACAUCUGGUGCAAAAAAAAAAAAAAAGUCCAAACUCACAACCCAUAGCAACUGGCACCUGAGUCCAUAUUGGUGCUAACACAGCUUAGCAUAAUCAGAUUCCCUUUCUGUCCAUGUAAAAGACUUAGGAGCAUCUAAACAUGAGACAAAUGCAAAUGCUGGACCCUUUAGGAAAAGUGCCAGAUCACACCCCUGGUGCUAUAUCUCAUGUUCUGGCACAGUGUGUAGCACCAUAGGGUCCAAGCAGAAUCAAAAUUACCACAGCUUUUUGUCCACCCAUGAAUGAUCAUGAUGACAUCUUGCUAGCUUUUUGCAGAUGUGCAAUAUUACAACCUAAUUAUUUUUCCUUGCCACACACACAAAAAAAAAUCUUCCAUGCACUGACUCGUUGAGAGCUUGCUAACAGGGCUCAGUGAAACAGCACUCUUCACUGGUCUUAGGGGCUGAGCAUCAACCAGUGAAAGAGCCUCUUUCUUGCUUAAUCCCACUUCCUACAGAGGUGCCCUUUCCAUGCUAGCGCUUUGUAAUUUCUUUGGUAGUUAAGGGUGUUUCUAGAUCAAUAUUCUGUGAUGUAAUUGUGUUUGUAGCUAGCAUGGUUUGAUGCUCUGGUGUGGAUAGGAUCCUAGGAACCACUCUGUGAAAAUCAAGGAUAAAAAUCUCUCCAUUGCACUGAAAUGUCAAAUCCUCAUCCUGGAGAGUAGUGUGGAACCUGAGCUAAUAACCACUAGGAGCCAGCAACAGUGUCCUAGGUAUACAACAUUCCCCUACCUAUUUACAUUAAUUUUCUACAGAGAAAUUUUUGGUAUUACUCCUUCACUGUUACUUGCUCAGUCAAAUUUUAUUAAUUUUUUUUCUUUUCUUAUUUUUUUCUUCAAAUUGUAUUCCUGAACAGAGGGUUCAGUGAGUGACAACACAUGAGGAUAUUUGUAGGAAAAAUAGUGUUCAUGAAAAAAUUCUCAAGCUUCUUUUUCAGCUGCAGUUUUAAAGCCAUAAUAUCUGCCAUUUUCACAGAAAGUGGUCUUUUAUCCUUCACAGCUUUUAAUCUCAGUAUUUUCUCUCUUGAACAUUUUGUCUGCCAUGUUAUGUAUGCAGUUCUCUAUGUACUGCAUUCAAGUGCUCAAGCCAAUGCCUUGGUGGAAUAAACUUUUUUUCCUAUUCCAUUAAAAAUCAGACAUCUUGUCAAUUAGUUCAGAAAUAAAAAUUAAGUCAUCAUUAUAUUAAAAAAAAAGGCUCCCAUUUUAGGGCACAAAUCAACAUCAAAGCUAGCAGCAAAUAAUAUCUAAAAUCUAUACAGGAUAUAGCUAGCCUGCAUCCUCUAAUUUCAGUGGAGUCCAUCCCAUUUAUACCAUCUGAAGUUAAACACCCAUCCUCCUCAUUACACUGAUUUUUUUAGCAUUACAGUAAAACACCAAGGCCACCUGAUUAAACAGCAGCUCAUCACUUUCUUCAUUAUUUACUACUUAUUUUACUGUAGCACCCAAAGGGCCAAGUCAUGGACCAAGAUCCUUUUGAGGUAGGUGCUGUGAUAUUGCUGAACAAAAAGACAGCCCAUGCAGAAGGAUUUGCAGAAUGCUGCAGCCCCACUGACAUCUUACCAAGAGCAAUAGGAACCACCACCUCACUGGCCCUUUUGAGACUCUGUCUUUAAGGUGAAGAGCAUGAGAGAUGAUCCAUCAUCUCUCAUACCACAUUAGCAGCUUAUGGCCCUGACCUGUGGCCCAGGCAACUUUCCCUGAUGUAACAGUGUUUCUGGGCAUGAGUGGUAGCCAGCAUCCCAGGCAAGAUUUUUUUGGGGGAAAAAAAGCAUUAAAAAAAGGAAAAAAAAAAACAAAGAAAGGAAAAAAGGCAACACUGUUGGCUCUUAGUGGGAUAGCAACCUUUUAAUUUCUGGAUUUGUGCUCCUAAAUUUGAAUUGACCAGUUUGAAUUUCUGAGUGUAGCAGCCUGUACUCACCAAGCUGCUCUAUCUGACACACUGGCCGGCGUGCAUCUCUUUAGCAGGAUGUUUCUCAGUCUAGCUGUAGCGUGGGGUACUCAGAAUCUGAACUGGAGUUUACAAAACACCCUGUCCAGCUUACACUCCUGUUAUGUGUAAAUACUCUGUGCAUCCAUUCCAUUUGUGUAAAAAAUAAAGCACACACAAUUAUAAAAAUUGAGCUGUAUAUUUCAUACUAGCUGUGUCCUUGCUUAUUUACUCCGGUCCAAGCUCCCAGCUGUGGUUCAGUUGUAAAUGCUUGAUAGAGUGUUUAUAAAUAUGUCAUGAAUUUUAUUAUAAAAUAUUAAUAUUAAAGCAUUUUUACACUUUA